CGAAGACUGGAGUGUACUUUGUGGAGACAGUUAGGUCAGCAGGAUGUCUUUCCACUUUUGAGCAGGGAAACGGACUUCACUAUCGAGCUGUACUUGAUAGUAACCUGUGUGAGGAGUUCCAUUUUAAAUGAGAGAUGUGUUUUUAUAAAUCUGGGGAUAUGUAAUUCACAGAUGUUUUUAUUUUCGAUUUUUUUGCCUUUUUGACCGUGGCACUCUAAAAAAAAUGGCUUGAUUGAUCAUCUGAAGCAAAAAUACAUGGGGAGAAUUCUCCCAGACUGAAAAGUCAGAAUGUGUUUUCAUCAGUCAAGCAAAUGAUCGUCUUUACUGGGACCUCUCUGCUCCUGUGGACAGUUCUUUAGGAAAGCCUUCCACAGACGCGGUGCUCACUGUUUGCACCAUGCCUUACCACGAUGAGGAGUACCCAGGUCAGCCUCUCUGGCAGUCUGUGCUGCUCUUCUGCUGUAAGGGCAUGAUUGAGGGCAUCAUGGUCAUACUCUUCUUCUGGCUUCUGGUGCAGGUCCUCUUUACCAAACAACUAGAAGUUCAUCUUCAGAUUCUUCUCUUGGUUGGACUGAUCGUCUUUUGCCUCUCUUUGGUGCUGGGAUGUAUUCUGUGCUGCAGGAAAAGUCAAAUUUGUACAGUUAAAGACCAAGAUACUGUGACGUCAGCGCCGGCUCCCGCUGAAUCUUUGACCUUUGCCCAAAGCCAGAGUUCACCUCCCUUGACGGCAAUAACAGAAUCCAGGCAGCAAUAUGAAGAGCUGGAUGGAGACAUGCUGGAGUAUCCCUCCACAUUCACUAGCCCAGCCCCCUCUGAAGGUGAAUUUACCCCUCUGUCAUUUUCUAAUUACGGUCAAGCUGCCUCUGAACGGAAGGAGCAGCCAAAGUCUUAUUUUUCUCUGCGUCGUCUCAGCACUCCAACGCUAAUGUCGCCCCUUUAUAAACCCAUAGAUCCCAGCCACACUUCCGUGCCUUCAUUUCCCAAACUGGGAUUAGUGUCCAAAACAUGUAAGGCUCUGCAGAGGCGCUGUACUGUCACUGGAGAUAGCAUAUCUCACAGUGAACACAGCAGGCUCAGUAGCCGCGGCGCCGUCAGCGCUUCUAUGCCUGAAGAACCGAUCCCACUGGCUCCACUGAGCGAUGGCUCCAGUGCAAGCUGCAAACAGCCAACAUCACCAGAACCCUGCCUCCAUUUCACCAUGGCCUUCUCUCCGGAGCAGGAAACCCUGGCAGUCACGUUCCUCAGGCUCAGUGGGACACCUCACAGACUGGAGGACGUGUCUGUGCUGGGCAGCCUGCCGCCUCUGUGCCCCUGUCCCAUACAAGCCUCGGUCCGGAGCAGCCUCAGCACAGAGCCGCACAGCCUGGUGCUGCUGUUGAAGGUGAACUCUGUGAAUGAGCUCCAAAGAUGCGCUCUGAGAGCAGCCGUGUACACCCGGGAACCACACAGCCUGAGAGGCACCGCACUGGGUGAAGUGGAGGCUGAGUGUGGAGGAAAAGACUGGCGAGAAGAGCAUCCGUUUCACUUCACGAAAGAACUAAGCCCAAACAAGGGGAAACUAAAAAAGAGUUUGGUGUCCCAUGAUGCACCGGUGCUUAAGGGGCUGAGCUGUCCUCCACAGAUCUUCAUUUUGCUUCAGUAUCAGACUCCAGCCCACCGGAUCAAAACCACAGUCCUCAGAGCAGAUAACCUAGACAAACUCAUUCCCCCGUGGGCAUCACCAGAUUACAAGGUGCUGAUAAAUUUGCAUCACAAGAGAAUUGUGAUCAGUAGCAGAGAAACUAAAGGAGGGUCCUGCACUGUGUGGAACACUUCAUUCCUGUUUGACCUUCCCCCAGGAGACGUCAGUCUGCUCCCCCUCAUGCUCGAGUUCAUAAUCAUACAGAAUCGUGUGGGCUCAGAAGGUAGAGUUCUGGGUCGAGUCCUCAUCAGUGCCGAGGCUGCAGACGCAGGGCGUGCUCACUGGAGGGACAUGUGCAGCUUGCAGUUGGAGCAGGCGCGCUGGCACAAUGUUCAAUCGGAGCCACUGUGGAGCGCUGACACAUGUCCUUAAAAACCGCUCUGUGACCAGUGGACCAUACCAAACUGUGCAAACAGCGGGGCAUCCAAAAUAAUCUUUGACACAAAGUGCUCACAGCUGAUGUUGACUGUGAUGCUACAGUUCUAAUGGAUGGAUUCCGGAGCAACAAUAAAAUCUUUGAACAAGGCCUUAUUUCAACGUAUCAGUCUAUGAAUUCUUCUAUGGGACAUUUCACGUUGAAUGGUUUUGCAAUGACACGA